AUGCUCCCGUUACUCACUCUCGCCGCUCUUUACAUCGCACCCCGCGCCGUGCGCGCCACGCCAUGCGUCGCCAUGGACAUCAACUGGAACCUCUACGCUUUCGGUCUUAAUGGCAAAGACUGGAGCGCCGGCACCCAGGACUCUUGGGGCUCUGGCACCGCGACCGACGUUACCGCUUCUGGACGCCCACCCUUCGACGGCACCAACACAACAUGCUACCUCGCCCAGUUCUCCAACGCCAUCUACGUGAUCGACGGCGACAAGUCUAACCCUUCCGACAUCCACAUCUUCGACGCGGGCGCAAAGUCCUGGUCGACGCAGAAGACGAACGCGGGCAGCUUCGACCCCGCGAGCGCGACGUUCAUUCUCGACCACGACACGAACGUCUUCUAUGCGGUCUUGAAUGGCGAGCUCUGGGACCUCGAUAUGGGUGCCCUUGUCACGGCGAACUCUAGUGCGCUCAACUGGAACGAUGUCGAGGCGACGCCGUACGGCGCGGAUUACAAACCGACGAUGGCGCUUGCCCAGAACCACAUCCACUUCAUCGGUGUUCCGGGCGCAACGACUGGCGACCUCGACAUCUUCGUCAUUCACUUCUCGUUCUUCCAGCCCGACGCCCAGGCCUACCCAUCCUCCUCCGGCUCGACCGUCCUCCCCGCCCAACACGGCAAGACCUCCUCCUUCUUCCAAGCCGCCGGCGUCCAACAAGAGUUCGCCUACAUCCCCGACGACGGCUCCGCGACCUACGUCGUAAACGUCGAGUCCAACACGACCCAGACGGUCGCGGGCCCCUCGUCCAAAGACGCCAGCGCAUUCUACUUCGCGGGCCUCACCGCGCUCGUCCAGGUCGACUCCGCCGGCGCCGUCUCGUACCUCCCGUACAACCAGAACGACACCGCCGCCAACGCCGCGGCGAAGUGGACGAGCGUCGCGAACCUCGCUAGCGCUGCGCCGGCGAGUUCGGCGGCGGCGAGCGGGACUGGAACGGCGAAGGCUACUGGGACCGGAUCGGCGAGCUCUGCGUCUGGCACGGGCUCCUCGUCGAGCUCGGGGUCCAGCUCGAACUCGAGCAGCUCGGGCAGCUCGAGCGACGCGAGCGCCGCUGCGGCCGUAUCAGCCCGCGGCGUGAUGGCCACCGGCCUCGCGGGCGCGUUCGUGCUCGCUCUCGCGGCUAUUGCCGUUUGA